AUGGAUGCUAUCAUGGACUCGCCAUACUUGGGUCCAGGCGCCGCUGUGUUCCUGGGCUUCCAGCAUGGCGAGAAGCACCUACAAGUCUUCCUCAUCCUGCAGGCCCACGCCCUCCUGCUGCUCGUCCUCGUCAUUGCCCGCAUGCAAUACCUCUCUGAGCCGCUCGCGCACGCUCUUCCCACCUCUCUGCGCCUCGGCGGCCUCUACCUCCUCGGCCUGUACACCUCCCUCCUCACUUACCGCACGUUCUUCAACCCGCUCAACGUGUUCCCGGGCCCCUUCAGCGCGCGCCUGAGCAAGUUCAGCCACGUGAUCCAAAACAGCAGAUUGAUGGGCCACAAGGAGCUCUUGGAGAAGCACCGGCGGCUCGGCCAAUUCGUGCGCCUGGGUCCCAAUGAAAUCAGCGUCACAGACCCCAACGCCGUGGCCGUCAUCAGCCGCGCCGACAGCAAGUGUAGCAAGGCGCCCUGGUAUGCCAACGACACGCCCCUCAUCAGCAUGCACACCACGCGCGACCGCCAGCAGCACGACCGCCGCCGCAAGGUAUGGAGUCCAGCAUUCUCGCCCUCGGCGCUGCGCGGCUACGAAACCCGCGUACAGAAGUACAACGACCAGCUGAUCGACGGCCUGGCGGAAGGGAAGUUCGGGAAGGAGGUCAACGUGAGCGAGGUCUUCAACUGGUACUCGUUUGACGCCAUGGGCGACCUGGCCUUCGGGCGCAGCUUCGACUGCCUGACCAGCGCCGAGACGCACUGGGCCAUCAAGCUGCUGAACGAAGGCAUGAAGCCCGCCGGCCUCGGCAUGCCGACGUGGUUCUUCCAGUUCAUCAUCUCCAUUCCCGGCGCCGCGACCGACUACUGGCGCUUCAUCAACUUCUGCUCCGACCAGCUGGCCAAGCGCAUGGGCGAGCAAGCCACACGCAACCAGAAACUGGCCGACACGGGCAAGGCAGACCAAGGCAGCGUCAGCACCGACCGCGACAUCACCUACACGCUCAUCGAGCACUACCAGAAGAUGAGCCCCGCCGACCAGCGCAAGGCCCUGCCGAUGCUGCAGGGCGACAGCCGCCUCAUCAUCGUCGCCGGCAGCGACACCACCGCCGCCACCCUGGUCUACAUGUUCUACUGGCUGGCGCAGGACCCCAAGCUCGUGGCCUCGCUGCGCGACGAAGCCGAGCAAUGUCGCGGCGACGACGGAAAAUUCAGCCACCAGAAGCUCAUCGACGCCGAGCUGCUCAACGGCGUCAUCUACGAGAGCCUGCGCCUCAAUCCACCCGUGCCCAGCGGCGUCUUCCGCCAGACGCCCAAGGAAGGCGUGCACGUAGGCGACGUCUUCGUGCCCGGCGGCACCACCAUCCAGAUGCCAUGGUAUGUCAUGGCGAGAGGUGAGUUGAGUUCCUUCUUUUGA